AUGAGUUCAUCAACAACAUCCAAUAAUUCUAAAUAUAAUAAAGAUAAAGAUAUAUUUGAAAUUGUUCAACAUAUAUUUGGAUUUUAUUUAAUUCCUAUUAUUUGUUUACCCGGUCUAAUUGGAAAUAUUUUAUGUAUUAGUGUAUUUUUAUCAAAUACAAUGAAACGUUAUUCAACAACACAAUUUUUACUUUAUUUAGCUAUUUCUGAUACAUUUAAAUUAUCUAAUGAUUUACUUUAUUCUCUUGUAUUAAUUAUACAAUCAAUACAUACUGAAUUGGGUAAAGAAUUAUUUCAUAAUCUUUAUCGUUAUUGUCAUUAUAUUAAUCAAUGUGCAACCAUUUGUACAGCUUGGCUAACAUUAACAUUAGCUAUUGAAAGAUAUAUACUAUGUAGUUGUCAAACACGUAUAGGUCUAGAUACAUGUUUUAAAAAGAAUACAAAAUUAAUUUGUUGUACAAUAUUAUUAAUUAGUCUUUUAAUUGGUUUACCAGUGUCAGGUCGUUAUGAACUAGUUGAAAGUGAACUAAAUAAUUCUACUAGUAAAAAAAUAUUAUCAAUACAAUUGUCAACAUUUGGUAAAAGUCGAGCUUUUCGUCUAUAUUCUAUGACCGUUGAUAUUAUUCGUGCCAUUAUACCAAGUCUUUUACUUAUUUAUAUUAAUUCAAGAAUUGUCUAUUUAUUAUGUCGAAUGAAAGAAGGAAUAUUUAGUAAAGAACAAAGACAUUCACAAGAAGUAUUUUAUCGUUUAACAAUAAGUUUAAUUAUAAUUAUAUUCUGUUUUAUUAUAUCUUAUUUUCCUGAUGCUUUAUUAUCGUUAAUAUUAAAUAUGGGUUAUAUUGAAGAACCAUAUCAAAAACGUACUAUUAGAGAAAUAACAGAUUUUUUUGUUACAUUAAAUUCAGCAACAAAUUUUACAAUUUAUUUUUGUAUAUCAUAUACUUUUAGACGUUCUCUAGCACGAUUAAUAGCACCAACAAAAAAAUAUUAUACAACAACAGAUCCAAGAAAUGAACAACCAUUAGCAUUGUUAGGACGAGAUGAGAAUAUAAUAAACUAA